GCGCGUCGCGUACGUGUGGAUCUCUCUCUCUCUCUCUCUCCGUCUCGCUCCUUCCCCGAGCCUGCCGCUCUCCGGCCGUCAUCGCGUGAGAGUCGUCCCUCCACUAUCAGACCCGUUAACAGCAGUCGACGUCGAGCAGCACCCGCUCUCUAACGGCUAACGUCUCUCACAUCCCCGGGCUUGAGCCGGUUGCUCGCCGCGACCUGUCCUCUACGGCCGAUGGACCGCACGGAAAUCAGUGUCGCUGACUACCGGAAGCCCCUCUUGCGCGACACGUAUCCACCGUCGCGGCUGUCCUACCCGUCCAGGUGUUGACGAAUCGCGAUCACCAGCCAGCUUCGAGUGUGAUCUCCCCGACUGUGCCCGCGAGAAGGGACUUCCAGUGCUUGUGCGGAGGUUCGCUGCUCCGAGGUUCACCGAGAGCUCCCGGAAGGAUGAAGUCCGCGAACAGAUAGUCGUCUUUCGUUGGGCCGAUUGCUUGCGCGUGUCGCCGUUCGAGAGGUGAAUCCCAUUCCUGAAGAGCCACCCUCUUCCGCCACGUCUCCGACUAAAUCCGCCGUUCCCGGAAACGCGAAGAAUCCGGCGACUGCUUUGAGGGAACUUUUUCACUCACGGACGGUUUCGUUGGAAGUCGAAUCAGGGGAAAUCGUGUGGCAUCGGGUUCGUCAGCUGAGAGAAGGCGUAAAAGGACCGUGAAGACCCGUGGUGUCGAGGGUUUCCUCGUGGAGGAGGAUGCGAAUAUCGUGUGCAGUGACGCGACAGUUGUAAAGAAGGUGAAUAGACUCGAGGUCCAGGAUGAUGGAAGUGCAGCAACAACACUCGCCUGUCGGGGUGGGUCCGCUGGACUUCUCGAGACGGGGGGUCGCCGAGGCGUCAGCGUUUCGGGUUGUCAAGCCCAAACAGCCGGCUUCGUCGCUCGUGCACCAGCAACCGCUGCCGCCGGAGACCAACAACAACGAGAAUCUUCAAGAGAAUCCGCAGAUACCCAUCGACGCCGAGGGGGGCUGCAAUGUCCGUUUAAUGUUUCCGAGACUGUGGGCGCCAUUCGGGAAUACCACGGAAGUCACAAACUUGCCACCUUUACCAAAGAGUCACUCAGAACGGCUGUCCUUCGGAGUGGGUCGCCUGGUAGGUUCGCCGGCGACGAGGAGUCCUUCGCCGUCGCAGUCACCCUGCCCGGACUCGCCCCCGUCCGAGGAGCGCCGGGACGCCGAGGUGGACGUCGACGUCGAGGAGGAGGUCGACGUGGACGUCGAGGAGGUCGGCGACGAGGAGGAUCACGAGGACACCUCGAGUCCACCGCGAUCCUCGUCCACGCCGUCGCCGUCGCCCGUGAGCGUCGCGACGUCGCCGGUCUCGCAUCCCCCGAAGAGGUCCGGCGACAGCUUCAGCGUGUCGGCUCUCCUCAGGCCGGACCCACCCUCCGCUCACGUCCAGAACGCGUCCCCGCACAGAGAGACCGCCGCGAUAGGCGCUCAUCCGCCGCCACCCGGCUCGUCCAUCCUCUAUCCGCCGCUGCACCUUCAGAGCGGACUCCUGCCGCCUCACCCGCACCACCCCCUCUCGUACCUGCACCCCCAGCUGCUGCCGCAUCAUCUUCUGCCGCCGCACCUGCACCCGCUGCUGCGCGGCGUUCAUCCGGGUCACCCGGGGCUGCACUCGACCCACACGGCGCACGGGCUGCACCAUCCCCAUCCGCUCGGCGACGUUUACAGCUGCGUCAAGUGCGACAAGAUGUUCAGCACGCCGCAUGGCCUCGAGGUGCACGCGAGGCGAUCGCACAACGGCAAGCGACCUUUCGCCUGCGAACUGUGCAACAAAACCUUCGGCCACGAAAUCAGUCUCACGCAACACAGGGCCGUGCACUCCGCGGAGAAGGUGUUCGAGUGUAAACAGUGCGGUAAGGCUUUCAAGAGAUCCAGCACGCUCAGCACCCACCUCCUAAUCCACUCGGAUACGAGACCGUAUCCCUGCCAGUUCUGCGGCAAGCGAUUCCACCAGAAGAGCGACAUGAAGAAGCACACCUACAUACAUACCGGCGAGAAACCUCAUAAGUGUCAAGUGUGCGGCAAGGCGUUCUCGCAGAGCAGCAACCUGAUCACGCAUUCGAGGAAACACACGGGCUUCAAGCCGUUCGCCUGCGAGCUCUGCGGCCGAGCUUUCCAGCGCAAGGUCGACUUGAGGAGGCAUCGCGAAACCCAGCACGCCGACCUCAACGCGUCGCAUCGACCGCCGAUUGGUUCUAUUCCCGGGCAAAAUUCCCUGUCCAGUGGAAAUCCACCGAUGAUGCAGUGAGGCCGUGAGGCAACCGAUUGACAAUUCGCCGAGUCUCUCUGUGGACGAUGAGGAUCGUCGCGAUCAGCGGCCGCUCCACGAAUCAAAGAGCCGGACCGUGUCACGGACUUAAUCACUGUGAGAACGAUUCGCCGGUGAAAUCAUGAAUGACGGUCGCCCCGGUCAUUGAUGAUGACGGUGUUGCGACGAUAAAUUAGAUCUCGCGGAUGGAAGCAUGAGUUAUAAUUGUCUUUGAGAAUUGCGUAUCGUCUUACGACGAGAGAGAGAGAGACAUUGCUUAUCGGGAGGUACUAAACUCUCUUUGCAUCCUCCGAAUUGUUUCCUAUGUUUUUUGUUCAACAUGUUUCCUUGUUAACGAGUAAUUAAUUAUGUCGAAAUGACACGUCUGAUCUGUAUCCAAACAUUCCGAAAUUU